AUGGAGGAAAAUGCCCUGAUGAUGGUACGUGCAUCUCAGAAUGCAAGCUCUGCUGGCAAAAGUGUACCUCCGCCCGAGGAUUCACCCGAAAGAAUUCCGGCUACCCAACGUCUCGGACCUGAUCCUCACUAUCACACUGAUAUCUCAGGGAUACUCUCAACACACCCUAACUCCACGGCCCGGGAAAGACACCCUGCUACUCUCCGACUAGGCACCGCAACUCCGCCCAUAGAGCACACUCCUGAGGCUACAGUUGAAACGCUUAAUGCUGGAAACAUUGGAAGAUUACCAAUGACUCUAAGGCUGGGCCCUUGUCUGGGCACAUGCACUGAGGGAGGAGCCCCUAGCGCUCCUAUAGCGGGGAAAAGGAAACCAGGACGCCCCCCUGGGAAAAACAAGUGCGUAGAUAAUGCCACCCUACCUACAGGGACAUCAACUAGCAAGCGGAAAGUCCUGAAAUCAAAGCCGUCCCCUGUUCGAAGGAGUACAAUACAAAAGAUUGGUCAGACCGCAAAAGCUAGCAAGACAAACAGAGCCAGGACGGGUGACAAUUCUAGAGCCGGAAGGUACCAGGACCCAGCAGCUUCAGCAUCGGAGAAUGUACCACUGGGGUUAGGGAAUCCCCGGACAGUUCGACGCCUAGGAGAUAUAUCUAAGAAGUAUGAUCCUGAUAUUAUCUUCAUCAUGGAAUCCAAAAAUCCCGAUGAUGUUGUGCUAAAGAAGCUGGAACAUAUACGAGUGCAAUAUGACUGCCACCACUUGGUCUCCCCAACAGGACAUGGGGCAGGAGGCUUAGGACUGUUUUGGAAACGUGAACUAAACCUUCAGGUGCUUGAAGCUACCACAAAUGUAAUUGACACAAUCGUUUCUUAUGAAGGAAAAUCUUUUUACUCCUCAUUUGUUCAUGGAAGUACGAUUCGAAAUGAGAGGAAUCUCUUAUGGGAUCGACUUCUAGAGAAAGCCUCAGGCCAUGACGAGCCCUGGUUUAUAACCGGGGACUUCAAUGAUAUAAUCUGCGACGAAGAAAAGGAUGGGGGCGUGGUAAGACCUGAGGGCUCCUAUUCCGACCUCCGCACUUUCUUCUCUGAAGGUGAUCUGUUUGAUCUCCAACACUCGGGAGACUUCCUUUCUUGGAGGGGAAAGAGAGGUGACCACCUAGUUCGAUGUAGAUUGGAUAGAGCGAUGGCUAACACGCAAUGGGCAGAAUGUUUCCCGACGGCUAGGUGCGAGUACCUUGGCUUCGAAAGCUCCGAUCACAUGCCUCUAAUCUCUUUCUUUGAUAGAGGGAACCGCAGAAGACGUGGGAUGUUCCGUUAUGACCGCAGGCUGUGCAAAAAUGAAGAAGCAAAGCGAGUUAUAGCUAACUCUUGGCGUGCGACGUCCAAUACGUCGGUCAGUGAUAAGCUCAGUUCGACGCGGAGUGCCAUUUCGGCCUGGAACAAAACUCAGCAACGUAAUAGUCAACGAGUCAUACAAGAGAAGAAGCAGGAACUGAAUGCGGCCCUAUCCAGUCCGGACAACAGCACCGUUCUGAUACAGAACAUAUCCGAGACUCUCAAUGCGGCUUAUUUGGCAGAAGAGGAGUACUGGCGGCAGCGGAGUCGCUUGCUAUGGCUGAAACUGGGGGAUCGUAAUACAGGCUACUUCCAUGCUAUCACCAAGUCGCGUAAAAGAGCCAAUAACUUCUCGGUGAUUGAACGAGAAGACGGUCAUAUGGUAUAUAAGGAGGAAGAGAUUGUCUCGGCCAUCGGGGACUAUUUCCAGAAUUUGUUUGCUUCUCAGCCUGGUGACAGAGAAGAGACAGUGAAACAAGCUCUCCAUCCGAUUGUCUCUGAAGAGGACAACCAGGCCCUCACUGCUAUCCCGACGGCAAGAGAGAUCAGGGAUGCAGCUUUCUCCAUUCAUGCGGAAAAAGCCCCGGGGCCAGAUGGUUUCUCAGCGGGUUUCUUCCACACUCAUUGGGAGCAGAUUAGCCCGGAUAUUAUCAGGGAGAUUCAGGCUUUCUUCAUGGGGGAGUCUCUGCCGGAGCGAAUAAACGACACUCACAUACGGCUCAUCCCAAAGAUCUCCCAACCGCAAAAGGUCUCGUAUUAUCGACCUAUCGCGCUGUGUAACGUGUACUACAAGAUAUACUCCAAAAUCCUCACAAGAAGACUACAGCCCCUGAUGGAGAAGCUGAUAUCCGAGAAUCAAUCUGCUUUUGUCCCGGGAAGAGCCAUUGGAGACAAUGUCCUAGUUACUCAUGAAGUCCUCCACUAUCUCAAAACGUCCAAAGCGGAGCAGAGGUGUGCUAUGGCGGUUAAGACGGACAUGAGCAAGGCAUAUGACCGGCUCGAAUGGGAAUUUGUUGCGCUGGUGCUCGAGCGGUUGGGCUUCCACAGCGAUUUGAUUAGAUGCAUAAUGCAGUGUAUCACAUCUGUUACAUACUCCUUCCUCAUUAACGGCUUGCCUAGAGGGAAGGUAGUACCGAGUAGAGGUCUCCGUCAAGGCGACCCUCUUUCUCCCUAUAUAUUUAUCAUGUGUAGCGAGGUCCUCUCGGGAUUAUGUAACAGAGCCCAAGAAGAAGGGUCACUCCAAGGCUUGCGAGUGGCUAGAGGAAGUCCUAGACUAACUCACCUCUUCUUUGCGGACGAUACAAUGUUCUUCCUCCAAGCUAACAAGGAGAAUUGUGUAGCUCUCAAGUCUAUACUAGACAAGUAUGAGAAAGCUUCGGGCCAGUUGAUAAGCAAGGAAAAAUCGGCUAUCACAUUUUCUAGUAAGGCCUCUGCCUCGUUAAAGACAAUGAUCAGAAGAGAACUGCAAAUGGAGAAAGAAGGUGGAGUUGGAAAGUACUUAGGACUCCCCGAGUUUUUCGGACGCCGGAAGAGGCAUCUCUUUUCAUCUGUGGUGGACAGGAUAAAGCAGAAGUCGAGAGGCUGGAAAAACAAAUUCCUAUCUGCUGCAGGGAAACUCGUAAUGCUUCAGAGCGUUCUAUCUGCGAUCCCCUCUUAUCACAUGUCAUCCUUCUUAAUGCCUGUCUCGCUGUGUAAACGCCUCCAGUCUGCAGUUACACGCUACUGGUGGGAUCAAAAUGAAAAUGAGAGAAAGAUGGCUUGGGUGGCUUGGGACAGUAUAGCAAAACCGAAAGCUAUUGGCGGACUAGGGAUGCGAGAGUUCCAGAACUUCAACAUUGCACUGCUAGCAAAGAUUGGGUGGAGGCUUCUCCAAAACCCCAACUGUCUCCUAGGAAGAGUACUUUUUGGAAAGUACUAUCAAGACUCCAACAUCCUACAAGCCGAGGAAACUUCAACUAUGUCGCAUGGGUGGCGGGGAAUCCUCAAGGGCAGAGACCUCUUACUUAAGAACCUAGGAUGGAUUGUGGGCAAUGGAGACUCCAUCAGCAUAUGGAACGACCCCUGGCUGAGCCUUACUUGUCAACAGAGACCAAUGGGACCGCCAAAUGAAGCACACCAAGAUCUUACUGUCGCGGACCUCAUAAACGUUGGGACGGGAGAAUGGGAUGUACCUAAAAUCAAGCUCUUACUUCCAGCCUACGAGGAGAAAAUACUAAGCAUCAAUCCAAGCCUGAAGGGGGCUCCAUAUAAGCAAGUGUGGCUAGGAACAAGGUCGGGAACUUACUCUACAAAAUCGGGGUAUUAUACGGCGGUCAAUCAAGAGGAAAACGGAGAAAUAGCACAAAACAACCUCGGUUUUCAGUGGAAAAGAAGUGUCUGGAAUCUGACUUGUGCCCCAAAGAUUAAACUUUUCUCAUGGAGGCUUCUCAAGGGAGCUAUCCCGGUGGGAGAAAGGCUCUUAGACAGACACGUUCCUGCUGACCCCGCUUGUAAACGAUGCGGCUGCUCGGAAUCUAUUAUUCAUCUCCUAUUCCAAUGUCCCUUCGCGCAACGAGUCUGGAGUUUAGCUCCUCUCAUGACUGAUAUGGAUGUUAGUGGAAUAAUAGAUUUAAUGAACAGCUGGGAUGGCCUCUGCGCCCUUAAAUGUCUUCCCCCUGCAGGUAUCACUUCGAGCACACUGGUUCCUUGGAUCUUAUGGUCUCUUUGGAAAGCUCGGAACAAAUUUGUCUUCGAGGGCCACUCUGCUUCGCCGGAGGACACCUUGACAACGGCUAUUGUCCUAGCACGAGAAUGGAGUACUGAAGUGAAGAAGGAAAGUACUGUUGGCCUGAAACGCCCAAUUCUUCCUGCGCUGAACCCUCGGGACACGGUGGUAAUUCGCUCAGAUGCAGCAUGGGCCUCUGUUUCAAACGAAGCGGGCUUGGGAUGGAUCAUCCUCUCGACAACCGGAAAUCGCUCUUUCAUGAAGACUACCAAAUGCGUUGUCUCGUCCUUAUCGGCGGAAGGAUUAGCCCUACGGGAAGCUGUCCGUACCUGCGCAAGCUUGGGGCUGAAGAAGGUCGCUUUCGAGUCUGACUCUGCUCUGCUUAUCAAGGCAGUAAAGCCUGAAUCAUCCACAACUGAACUCUAUAGUUUGGUUUCUGAUAUUCUCUCAUAUGCUUCUGUGUUUGAGUUUGUUUUUUCUCUUGGAUUCCUAGAGAGAAAAAUAUGUUAG